ACACGAAUUGGACCAAAUUGCAGGAACUCGCCGGGGAACUCCCAAACUUUCCUCCGCCAUGUCCUCCUGCGUCUCCUCCUCCUCCCAGCACCACCGCUACUGCGUCCGCCGCCUCCCCGCUCCGACGUCCCGGGCACACCUCGCCGUGGGAGACUCGUACGCGUCCCAUAUCCGCCGCCGCGGCGUCUCCCUGAGGGCGAUGAGAGCAGAUGCGCCCCCGAGCGUGGCGCCGGCGGGGGCGGCGGUGCUGUCGGAGAUGGUGGAGACGGCAGCCGUCUGGUGCGCCGCGCACGGGCUCGUCGUCGGCGACCGCCACAACCCGAGAUCUGGAACAGUACCAGGUGUUGGGUUGGUUCAUGCUCCGUUUUCGCUACUUCCAACACGUUUUCCAGCAUACUUUUGGAAGCAAGCAUGCGAGUUGGCUCCUAUUUUCAAUGAGCUUGUGGAUCGUGUGAGCUUGGAUGGGAAGUUCUUGCAAGAUUCUUUGUCUAGAACAAAGCAGGUUGACAAUUUCACUGCUAGGCUGUUAGAAAUUCACGCGGAAAUGGUGGCAGUAAACAAGAAGGAGGACAUCCGCUUAGGGUUGCACCGAUCUGACUACAUGCUAGAUUCUGAAACAAAUUCUCUUCUUCAAAUUGAGCUCAACACUAUCUCAACAUCUUUUCCUGGUCUAGGCUCCCUUGUGAGUGAACUUCACAGGACCCUACUUAAACAAUAUCGUGAAGUGUUAGGCCUUGAUUCUGAAAGGGUUCCUCGGAACUAUGCAGCCACUCAAUUCGCUGAAGCAUUGGGCAAAGCAUGGGCUGAAUAUAAUAAUGACAGUGCUGUAGUUAUGAUGGUUGUUCAACCUGAAGAAAGGAAUAUGUACGACCAAUACUGGCUGGUCAAUCAUUUGAGGGAAUCGCACGGUGUGAUGACUAUUAGGAAAAGUUUGGCACAGGUGGAGGCCGAAGGACAGGUGCUUGCAGAUGGAACACUUGUGGUAGAUGGCCGGCCUGUUGCUGUUGUGUAUUUCAGAGCUGGGUACUCGCCAAAUGAUUACCCUUCAGAAGUGGAAUGGAGUGCAAGACUUUUAAUAGAACAAUCGUCUGCAAUUAAGUGCCCUUCAAUAUCCUACCAUUUAGUGGGGACCAAAAAGAUCCAGCAAGAACUAGCAAAACCUACUGUUCUUGAAAGAUUCCUUGACAACGAGGAAGACAUUGCCAAGCUACGUAAAUGCUUUGCAGGGUUAUGGAGCUUGGACAAUGAAGAAAUAGUGAAAUCAGCAAUAGAAAAACCUGACUUGUUUGUCCUGAAACCUCAGCGAGAAGGUGGAGGGAACAACUUGUAUGGUCACGAUUUGCGAGAGACACUGAUCAGACUCCAGAACGAACAGGGAGAGGCUCUUGCAGCCUAUAUUUUGAUGCAGCGGAUUUUCCCCAGAGCUUCUCUUACUCACCUUGUCCAAGGCGGUGUUUGCUUUGAGGACCUUACAAUCUCUGAGCUUGGAAUAUUUGGAGCCUACCUGCGGAACAAAGAUAAGGUCAUCAUUAACGACCAAUCUGGUUACUUGAUGCGGACCAAAGUUUCUUCAUCGAACGAAGGUGGAGUUGCUGCAGGAUUCGCUGUUCUGGACAGCAUUCUCCUCACAGACGAGUGAGACGAGAAGGCUUCCCAACUUAUCACAAGUGACAACAGACUCGGGAUGAAGAGCUGAACUCACAGACAAAAGGAUGCAUGUCCGAAUUCGUUUCCGCAUUCAGUCUCUUCCAUCUGCAGGAAUAGGAUGAUAGGAAGCAAUGCAGAUAAUUUGCAGCACAGGAGAGAAUGUGUUAUGUGUGUGCAGCUUUCACGGUGCAAAAGAUGAGAUGGAACAGGGGUUUGCAAUUUGUUUACCUCUUGGAAUGGUCGGAUGAACUAGGUUGUGUUCAUGUAUUCAGUACCAACUGAUAAUUAGGCAUGGGGAUGAAUAAAUGAUCAUUGUUUGACUGGACGUAGAUCCCUGUUGUCCUACUGACGGUUGAACACAUCUUGUUGAUUCACUAAUUUGCUGAAGCUUUCUUUCAGCCUCC